GGACUGGCGUGUGAUGAUGUCACGAGCGGUUGCUGCGCAGUUCGUCAGAUUUUGCUAACUGGAGGCCCAGAAGCAGCUACGCCAAAUAUUGCCGACUAAACCAAAGCAGCCUGCAAAAACACAUUUUUUUCUUUUAAUUUUGAAUUACCUAAAUAGACGUAUGUCUAUCGCUUGCAUGCAUGCGCUUUAUUAGCGACCACAUUAGGCAAAUUUAGCAGCUUUAGCGUCAGCAAGUCAAUCUGUCAUAGCAUGGCUAGCAUGCUAACAUUAUAACAGAGUACAUUCGACCGACGUAAAGUGAUCCAAACGACAAGAAAUAAACACAAACGGUUGUGACGUCACUCAAGGACAUCAGAAGGAGAAAGUGGAUAAUUGCAGUUUUGACAGAGAGGAAUGAGUCAUGACCUCAAUGGUUAUUGUAGAUGGUGGAGGGAAUAUAUUGGAGUAUGUUGCUGGAGAUGAUGAGGCACAGCAGGAGGUUUGCAAUGAUGGGGCAGAGACUGACGGAGAUAAGGAUUGUCCUGCAGUAAUAGUGGAGCAGGUGAAUAGUGCAGAAGUAGAGCAGUGCUAUGCUGCUCAGGUGUUAGUUUAUGAUGAUCAGAAUACCUAUCUGGUCCAAGAUGUGGCUGAAGAACAGGUUGUGGAGACUGAGUUCCAAGAGAUAGCAGCAGUGGAAGUCUCAGUACAUGAUAAAACUAUUGAAGCAGCCGAAGCUCUGCUGCACAUGGAUUCACCAGCCAGUCUGCAGGGGGAUCGCAAUGCAGAAGAGCUUUUUUCUGAGGUGGAAGUAGAGGUGCGAACCGAGGACAUAGGGUCCGUUUCUAAGGACAUUGUUGUUCUAGACGACACAGAUCUACUGAAGAAGAAGAAAAGAGGACGAAAACCCAGAACUCCACGAAAUGGCUGCGAUGGUUCAUUGGAUCUGGUCUAUAAGAGGAAAUCAAGAGACAGCAAGGGCUCAACUACUUACCUAUGGGAGUUCUUGUUGGACCUCCUGCAGGAUAAGGAAACCUGUCCAAAAUACAUUAAAUGGACUCAGAAAGAGAAGGGAAUAUUCAAACUUGUGGAUUCCAAAGCAGUAUCUAAAUUAUGGGGCAGACAUAAGAAUAAACCUGACAUGAACUAUGAGACAAUGGGGAGAGCACUCAGGUAUUACUAUCAGCGGGGCAUUUUAGCAAAAGUGGAAGGCCAAAGACUUGUGUACCAGUUUAAAGAGAUGCCCAAAGACAUCGUCUUCAUAGAUGAUGACGACGACAUGGACGACAGCAUUGACGAGGGAAAGAAAGAAACCCCAGCUGCAGCCAACCGCAGCAAUCCGAAGGGCAAAGGGGUGGUGGUCUCAUCCUCUGCUGCUGUGCCUAAAAUCAUCAAUCUAACCUCAGGACAAGAUGCCUUUAUGACCCUGCAGCAGUCAUCGGUCAACACAACGACAGCCCCCGGGACGAUGAGGUUGGCCAUGCAGGUCCCUGUUCUCAUGACAACAUCACAGGGUCAGAAAAUCUCCGCAGCAAAUUUAAACUCUGUCCGUCCUACGAUUCUCCCAGCUUCCAGCUCGAUCGCAGGGGGCAACAACGCAGGCAAAGUGUUUCUCCAGGCCGUGCCGACGCUAGUGCCAGCUCAGGGCCAAAGCGGCGAGAGAAUCACCUUGCAGUUCAUCACCCUUCCUACCGUACCUGGCAAAGCCGGCACUCCAAUCACUCUGAGCGCUCUCUCCCCAGUUACCGUGCCAACCACCAACACCCAAGUCCUGAAGCUCGCCAUCCCCUCUAACAUCACCACAUCUGCAGCCUCAGCUCCAGUUACAGUGGUGACCACGCAACCAGGGGUGACCGUGGUGCCGAACGUACAGCCUGCGACGUCUCUACAGGAUGUGACUGUUGUAAAGGUCGAGAGUUCUGAAGUUUCGGUGACUAAGACAGAUGACAGUUCUGCAAUGACAAACACACAGAGCUGAGUAAAGGUUCACUUCCUGACAAAUCCAACGACGGCACUUGUGAUGCAGAUGACGGUAAUGCAGGUGAUGUGACGAAUAACAGUCAUGGUCUUGGAAUGGUGGCUGUGUCUUAUGUGAAAUGGAUUAAACCAGCACUACAGCUCAGAAAGUCGUUCACACCCCAACACUAUUACCACCAUCCCCGGGUUAGAUAUCAGAACGCUUCUUUAUUUCUUUCCCCACAUUAAUCUAUUCAAAUCAUACUUUGUUAUGGCAAAACAUCUAUGCUGUAGGAAUGAACUUCACUUGGUGCUAAAGAUUGAAAGUCACAUUGGUGAAGAGACGCAGGCAUCAGAGAUGCUUGCUUUCACCUGCUUACCUGGCGAAAAAUCUGUGUGUAGAUAUACCAUUGUGGUAGUGAAUGACGAGACAAGCAGCCUUGGGUCACCUUUUUCUUUCUAAUUAAUAAUAUAAACCAAUUUUGCUUUUUUGUAAAUAUAUAUUUUUAUUUUGUACCAGCAAGUGUUUUUUUUUACAGUUCGGAGGAAACUGUUUUCAGAAGGACAUUUACAUCUUUUUUGUCAUUUCAGUCUUGUUAAAAUAAUUUUCUCUUUCUGUACGUUAUCUAUUGUGUUUUUCUAUAACUUUCAUUCACUGCUUUGUACUUCGCAGAUCACUUUUGUGUUUCGUACAUGUCCAAAAAGGGAAAGAAAAUGUCCGAAAACAUUAUAUUGAAUAUUCAAUAUAUGAAGCAUAUAUUUUGUCGUAUUCCAACGCUUAAAUGUAUCCAAGUAGAUUUAAAUAUACAGAACAAAUUAUGCAAACGAAUGGUUUUAACAAGCUUUGUUUCAUUUUGUGUACAAAACGUGUUUUUGUUAACUGAUCUUUAUGAACUUGUAAAGUUUUUUUCUAUAAGGUCGCAUUCCUAUAUGACCUGAGUUAGGACUGUCAAUAGUGUGACCAUAGAUACUUUUAGUUUUACCUUUGGUAAUAAAGUCACUUCAGUGCUAUUUUCUUUUUUGUCAGUUUUAAGACUACUGUGACACAAAACAAGAAUCUGAAUAUAACUGUCCCUAAAAAUACAGUCUAAUGUUUUAUGAGAGACCUUAUUAUCUGUGACAUAAAUGUAUGAUUUGCCAGAUCUCAGUUCUGCAGUUGGCUCAGAUGGUUUGAGGCCAGAAUUGAAUUUGUAAGAUCAAAAUAUUUGCAUAAAUAGUAAGAGUCUUAGAAAGCAGUAUGGUAAAUGUUCAAAAAAAAUUGGCGUGGACUACACUAAAUUUCAACUUUCAGUCAAAUACUUAAAACUCAAUAAUUGCAAUUUAGAUGCUUAUUUUUCCCAUUCAAUAAAUAAGUUAAGCUCAUAUAGAAACAGCCUUUGAACUGCAUGUCAGGGGACUUUGUAAUUUUGUAGUUUGACCACAUCAGGGUGGUAGAGUUUACAGGGUAGCGUUGCAUUUAAUAUCCUCUCGAAAAAGUGAAGCAGCAAGCUCAAUUUAAUGUGGACCUCAUUCUUGAAAUUCUCUCAGGCAUUGGUUUUGUAUGCAAUCUGUCAAAUUGUACUCAUUGCCUAUGAAUACAUUAUUUAAGGACAAUUCAUGAUUGAAAGAUGUAAUAGAUCAGUACUAAUAGAUAUUUCCUCAGCAGGAUGUGGUAACUAAAAUUGUCUGAACCUUCAAUCUGUACAUAUUUGAAAUAAAUUCCAUUUUUUUUCCUUUGCA